GGAAAGGCUCCUGGGCCAAAGGCUGCUCCUGCGUUGCUGCCUAAGACACCAGUUGGCGCGCCUAAGACGGCACUUCCAGUUUCUCCAAAGGCUGGAGAGGGGCCAGCGGCGAAGGCAGCAGAAGGAGCGGCAGGUGAGAAGACCGGUGCAGGUGUCGAGGAGAAGAGCGAGGCUGAGGCGAAGGAGGGAAAGGCUCCUGGGCCAAAGGCUGCUCCUGCGUUGCUGCCUAAGACACCAGUUGGCGCGGUGGCCAAGAAGGCACUUCCAGUUUCGCCAAAGGCUGGAGAGGGGCCAGCGGCGAAGGCAGCAGAAGGAGCGGCGGCUGACAAGACGGCUGCAGGUGUCGAGGGGAAAAGUGAGGUUGAGGCGAAGGAGGGAAAGGCUCCUGGGCCAAAGGCUGCUCCUGCGUUGCUGCCGAAGAAGGCUCCAUUGGUGCUUCCUAAGAAGGGAGUGGCGCUCACAGAGAGUAACCGUGGAGCUGGCGUUGAUCGGUCGCCCUCUGGGGAAACAACUAAGAUAGGAGAUUUCGGGGAUAAGGUGGCAGCGCCUGCUUCUGGCGAACAGAAGGUCUUUGCCUCUGGUGAGCAUUAG